UYUAAUUUUAAACUUUUAUUUCAGCAAAUUCUGAACUCAAGUACUCAUAUUGAUAAGAACCUAGAAUACAACCUACUACUUCCGUUUAUCGGUACAGGACUAGUGACCAGUUCAGGAUCGAAAUGGCAUAAUAGAAGGAAGUUAUUGACACCAACAUUUCAUUUUACUAUUCUCGAGGAAUUUAUUCCAUUGAUAGAAAAACAAAGUAAAGUUUUAGUAAAGGUGUUAAAAAAAGAGGUCAAUAACGAUAAUGGAUUCGAUAUAAAGCCAUACGCAAAAUUGGCUGCACUAGAUACCAUCGGCAAUACAGCUAUGGGCUGUGAGAUCAAUUCACAGGAAAAUUCCCAACUGGAGUACGUGAAGGCACUCGACGAACUUACUGCAAUCAUGCAGAAACGGUUUAUAACACCGUGGUUGAAACCAAACUUAUUAUUCAACUUAACAUCUCUUAGUAAAAGACAAAAGGCAUGUAUAGACGUUAUACAUACAUUCACAAGAAAGGUCAUUAAAGAGAGAAAAGAAAACUUCAAGUUAUUUAAUGAUCAGAUUUCAGAUGCGAAUAAAAAUGAAAUUCAGCAUGAUCCACAUGCACAAGAUAGGAUUGUCGAAGAAUUAAACGAAAAAAUUCCAAAUUUUGGUAAUACAAAGUUAUCAGUACAAAACUUAAGUACUCUUGACUAUUUGGAGAGAACAAUCAAAGAAGUGUUACGACUUUUUCCAUCUGUGCCAUUUAUUGGCAGACAAAUUUACCAACCACUCACAAUCGGUGAUCACACUAUUUUGCCAGGGACGUCAAUUUUCAUAAAUGUGUUUGCUUUACACAGAAACGAAAAACAUUUUGAAAAUCCAAAUGUAUUUGAUCCUGAUAGAUUUUUAAAGGAAAAUAAAAACGAGCGACAUCCAUAUUCCUUUAUACCAUUCAGUGCAGGAAUGAGGAACUGCAUUGGACAAAAGUUCGCGAUGAUUGUGAUCAAAAUAGCUGUCGCCACAGUAAUAAAAUCGUACAGAGUUAAGUCAAUAGACCCAGAAGACAAGUUAGGAAUUGUAGGGGAAAUCGUGUUGAACGCACUAAACGGAAUCAACGUGACACUUGAAGAACGGACGUAGACUUAUCCAAGUGCUUACUGACUUAAAUACAUACAUUCAUAUUGUAUUGACUACUUCCACUGCAUAUUAUAAAUUGUAUYAUGUAUUAAGUUUUUAAUUAUAUUGGUAUUAUAGUUUAAGUUUUUAUGCAUUGGA